CCCCCAUUAUAUAUUUCCAUAGCUUCUCGAACCUCAUUCGAAUCUUCUUAUACUUAACGCUACAAUUCCAAAACCGCCAAAACCCUAGCACCGCCACCACCACCACCACCGCCACCGCUAAUGGCGACGAGACGAUCCACACCCCUCCUCAAACAACUCCUCACCUCGCGCCACAAUCUCACCUCAACUCGCUCCGUAACCUACAUGCCCCGACCCGGAGACGGAACACCUCGAAACGUAACACUAAUCCCCGGCGACGGAAUCGGACCAUUAGUAACCGGCGCAGUUGAGCAAGUAAUGGAAGCGAUGCAUGCGCCAGUGUAUUUCGAGAAAUUCGAAGUGCACGGUAACAUGAAAACGAUGCCAACUGAAGUAAUUGAAUCGAUUAAGAAGAAUAAGGUUUGUUUGAAAGGUGGACUUGCUACUCCUAUGGGUGGUGGUGUUAGUUCUCUUAAUGUGCAAUUGAGGAAGGAGCUUGAUCUUUAUGCUUCUCUUGUUAAUUGCUUUAAUCUUCCUGGUUUGCCGACGCGCCAUGAUAAUGUUGAUAUUGUUGUGAUUAGGGAGAAUACUGAAGGUGAAUAUGCUGGACUUGAACAUGAGGUUGUUCCUGGUGUUGUCGAAAGCCUCAAGGUAAUAACAAAGUUCUGUUCAGAGCGCAUUGCUAAAUAUGCUUUCGAGUAUGCUUAUCUAAAUAACAGAAAGAAGGUGACUGCUGUGCACAAAGCAAACAUUAUGAAACUUGCAGAUGGUUUAUUCUUGGAAUCUUGUCGAGAGGUUGCCACAAAGUAUCCUGGAAUCAAGUAUAAUGAAAUUAUUGUAGAUAACUGUUGCAUGCAGCUUGUUUCAAAGCCUGAGCAGUUUGAUGUCAUGGUAACCCCCAAUCUUUAUGGAAAUCUUGUUGCAAAUACAGCGGCAGGCAUUGCUGGAGGCACCGGUGUCAUGCCCGGAGGUAAUGUUGGAGCUGACCACGCUGUAUUUGAACAAGGUGCUUCGGCAGGAAAUGUUGGUAAGGAUAAAGUAGUAAAGGAAAAGAAAGCCAACCCUGUGGCACUCCUCCUUUCGUCUGCAAUGAUGCUUAGACAUCUCCAGUUUCCUGUAUUUGCUGAACGAUUGGAAAGUGCUGUGAAACGAGUCAUUUUAGAGGGCAAAUACCGGACAAAGGACCUUGGAGGGACAAGCACCACCCAAGAGGUUGUUGAUGCAGUGAUAGAUGCAUUACAAUAAUUAUAUAGUAUUCACUUGCUCAUAUACCAAAUGAAGUUAGCAUUGCAAAUUCUUCGCUAAUUAUCGGUAAUGUUUUGCACCCUUUGAAGAUGAAAUCUCCAAAUUUUUGUCUUUAAGUUUAUCCAACUCAUAAAAUGGCGCAUUUGCCAAGAAUAAUCUGUUAAGAUAUGGAAAUUGUUUUUUUUUUUUUGAUAAAUAGAUAUGAAAAUUGUUAAAAACCGAGUUUAUUAUCUCAAUAAUGUAGUUUAUGGGGGUUUCUCAUGCUAUAGAAACAGACAAGGACAAAUUUUUAGUGCUAACAAAAUAUCGAUUUACCUAUUGAA